AAACAAUCCAAGAAUUUUGAAUUCUUUAAUUGAUAAUAAUAAGUUAUUUUGCGAGCGUUUUCAGGUGUACAAAAGGGCAAUUAAUCUUCUUUGAAUUGAUAUGAAAUCUAGCUUUGGUUAAGUUUGCAAUGGAAGAGCCAGUCUUUGUCAUUUUAUUUCUCUUGUUAUGCCUAUGUUUCUCUCUUCUUGUAGCCCCACAUCUGUUUGCGAAACAAGAAGCCAAAAACUUGCCUCCAGGGAGCAUGGGAUGGCCAAUCUGUGGAGAGACCCUCAGCUUCCUCAAGUCUCAUAGAUCGACUUCAAUGGGUAGCUUUCUAAAGAAACAUUGCUCCAGCUAUGGAAAAGUUUUCAAAUCACAUUUGUUUGGUUCCCCCACCAUAGUUUCCGGUGACCCCGAGCUCAACUUGUUUAUACUUCAGAAUGAGGAGAAGCUAUUUCGAGCCAGCUACACGAAGCCCGUGCUUGACAUUGUUGGAAAGUUGUCUUUAAUCGCAGUCUCCGGAGAACUUCACAAGAAGCUAAGAAGUAUUGCCGUCAGCUUCAUCACUUCCUCCAAAUCAACUCCACACUUCCUUCUCCUUGUAGAGAAAAUGUCACUCUCAAUAAUGAACUCUUGGAAAGAACAAAAACAAAUUGCCUUCUACGUAGAAACUAAAAAGUUUACUCUCUAUCUUUUGCUGAAUCAUUUUCUAAGUAUUGGGCCAGAAGAACCAUUAGCUUUCAAAAUACUUGAAGAUUUUGAAACUUACAUGAAGGGUUUCAUGUCUUUGCCAAUUUAUAUCCCUGGAACAGCUUAUGCCAAGGCUGUGAAGGCCAGAGAGAGACUAUCUUUGACUGUUAGAGAGAUUAUAAGAGAAAGGGAACAAAACAAUUCCAGGCACGGGGAAGGGAACUUCUUAGAUGUGAUUAUGGCGAAACAAGGCCUAAGCUAUGAAGAGAGAGUAAGCAUAGUUUUAGACAUCUUGCUUGCAGGCUAUGAGACAACUGCUACACUUAUAGCUUUAAUAGUUUACUUUCUUGCCAAUGCACCCGAUGUUUUUGACCAAUUAAAGGAAGAACACCAAGAAAUAAGGAAAAGAAAAGAUGAUGGGGAACCCUUGAACUGGGAAGAUUACCAGAAAAUGCAGUUCACCAACAAUGUUAUACAUGAAGCUUUGAGAUGCGGAAAUAUUGCCAAAUUUGUCCCCAGGAAAGCUCUACAAGAUAUUGUAUUCAAAGACUAUUUUAUUCCCUCAGGAUGGAAAGUUUUUCCAGUCUUUACUGCGGUACACUUAGACCCCACUCUUCAUGAAAAUCCUUCAGAGUUCAAUCCUUGGAGAUGGACUGAUUAUAAAGCAAUGAGCAAAAGGGUGAUGCCAUUUGGUGGAGGACCACGACACUGCCCAGGAUCAGAACUGGCUAAAGUAGAAAUCUCUUUCUUCCUUCAUCAUCUUGUCCUGAAUUAUAGGUGGAAAAUAAAAGCUGAUGAUUUCCCAGUUGCCUAUCCUUAUGUAGAAUUCCCCAGAGGAUUGGUUUUGGAUAUUGAACCAACAGGAGUGAUGGUGGGAAAUAAUGAUUAGUUGCGCUUGAUUCAGCUUACGGCUUCAUGUCAUCCUGAGAGAAGCCACUGAGAAAUUGGUCCGUUUAAAUUUACUUAAUAAAGCAAUAAAUUAAUAAAGCAUAUUAAAAGAA